AUGGCCGAUCGAGUCGAGUCUGCGGACGAACGCGCGCUGCGUCGCGAGCUGCAAGCGCUUGCGAAACAGCGCGAGGCUCUCAUCAACUCGAAACGUCAAGGCGGGAAGACAAGAGGAGCUGGAAGAGGAGCUUCACCUCGAGGCAGCGUGUUUGCACGUCUGGGAGGGAAGAUCACUCGUGGAGCUAGACAGGCCCUUGAGCGUACGGAUAGGAGCAAUCUGCGGGGUAACGCUCCGUGGACACUGGGAAAGCGUGAUCGUGACGAUGAUGCGCGAUCUCUGAGCAAUGCAGUGAAGAAACAGAAGUUGCACUCAGCUGUAGCAAGACCGGAAGGAGUUUACCACUCGGUGGUGAGAGUGGAAGAGACUAGCAGGGAUACUACGUCACCGGUGGUAGACACUGCUCGUGCACAGGAGCAGAAGCAACGUGCGGUAGCUCCUUAUACGCAAAAGGACGGUAUUGCACGCAGUCGCCGCAUGUUUGGUGCGUUGAUGGGUCACUUGGGCAAAGCGAAGCGGCAGAUUGAGAAGGACACGGACUUGUUCAGACGUCAAGACACGAAACAGCACGAGGCCGAGGAAAAAGAGAAGGCGCAGAGCAAGAAUCUGGAAGAACAAGCUCGUCGAGAGGCAGAGAUCGUGCGGCUUGAGGCGUUGGUCGCGCGCACUGAACUUGAUCGGAGCGAGCAGAUUGCACGUGCCAAGUUGGAGCAUUUGCGAAUGGUUCGAAGGAGCGAAAGCCAAUCCAAGUUUCUGGUCACGAUUGCAUCGCCCCCUAUCAAUUAUCUUCCAGCAAAGCACACUGAAGAGACGAAAGAGCUCGUGGCUGCGUCCAUGGAGGCUCAUGAAGCAAAGAUAAAAGCCAGUGAACAGAGUCACGAGGAGAAUCUGAGGAAACUAGAAGCCGAGUUCGCGACCAAGUUGAAGCAGCUCCGUGAAGAUCUGAAAGCUGUCAAGAAGGAUGGAGUAGAGGAGACCGCUGAUAGGCAUGCAACGAGCGAGAAGGAGGAGGAUGCAAUGGACGAAGGUGACCUAGAUAUGAUUAAAGGUUCUGGAGAGCCCGAGCAGGAUGUGGAAAUGGCAAGCGAGCACGGUGACGGGUCUCCGACGGUGGAAGUCGAAAACAGCGAUACCGCCCAGCACCGUGUAUCUGACGAUGAAGCGGGUGAUUCGGUAGAGCCAGCGAGGGCUGCUGGAGAGGGCGUUCGCAGGUCUCCGGUAAGAUCAGAGUCCUCACAGAAGCGCGAGGGAAAAGGGCAGUCGGUUUCACCUCAGGCAGCUGCGGUUGGUCAAGUUGUGGAUCACAGCGAUACAGGGGCUUCAUCCGCUAGUCGCGUGAACGAGGAAGUGAAGGUACCCGGUCUUGCACAAGAGAGCCCGAAGCAGAAGCCGAAUGAACCUGUCCAAGCUACUGUGACCAAGAAAAGCAAGGAAGCAUAUCCCGCAAAGGGUGAGGAGGCCGAACCUGCAAAUGUAGAGGAAGUAGCAGCGAUAAAUGCUAGUGAUGCAGAACCCGCAGACGACGAGGAAGCUGCACCCGCAAAUGACGAGGAAGCUGCACUUGUAAACGUCGAGGAAGCCGCGCCUGCAAAUGUCGAGAAAGCAAUGUCGGCAGGUAGAUCUGGCAUCGUUGGAAAGACAGCUGACGGUGACGAGUCUGAUGCGACCAUUAAUGUCGAUAAGCUGAAGGUAGUCGAGCUGCGAGCGAAGCUGAAGGAACGAGGACUUGACACGAAGGGGUUCAAGGCAAAACUCGUGCAGCGACUCAAGCAAGCGAUGCAAGAUGAAGACGGAUCCAAGUGA